AUGGGAUCCUACACAAGGAUGUACAGCAUUCAAGUCGAGAGCUGGGCGAGGGAGGAGGCAUCAAAAGAAGUCACAGCUCUGGAACGCCAAGGAGAAUGUAAGGUCGAUGUCAUGCGCAAUCCCUAUAUGGGCGCAUUGAGAGAGUGGCAAAGAGUUUCCUUUCGCCAAGACUGGAGCAGAAGAACGAAGAGACGGCGGGUCUUCAAAGCGAUCGUGAUCCUGGUUAUCUCCCUCAUCGACGAUUACGUGUCCUCGACGACCACUACAUCUCACAUUGCCAAAAUAGUUGACAAGAUCCCAGCACCGGCAUUCACCUUCUGCCCGAAACCGUCCCUGAAAUCUUCUUUUCAGGGAAAUUCAAAUAACCGAUUCAGUGCUCUCAAGAAUGCCUCCGUCUCCUUGACCGAAUUCAUCUCCCAUGCUCCCUUCGAAGGACUAAAUUUCACGUCCGUUUCAUCAGCCAAUGGAGAAACCAUCUUCCUCCUUGUCAACGGGAGCUGGAGCGAGCGGACUUUCUGGGAGGUCGGCGACGUGCGAAAGCCUCCAGAGAUCUUCAAGUGCUUCACGCUGGCCUUGAGAGACGAAAUGCCCGCUGGGACGACCAACCGCGUCUAUAAUUCCAUGUAUUUCAUCUUCGAUUUCACGUCGAUCUUGAAGUCCAAGCACGACGAGGUGGGGAGCAUUCCGUUGAAUUGGAUACAAGGGGACGUUGGCCUCGGGAAUUCAGGGGAAAUGAUCUCGCAUUUCGUUCGUUGGCAGAUUCCCUCGCUAGUCGAAGUUUACAUCCACGAACAAGCGGAGAAAUUUAGCAAUUUGGGCCUAAUGGCGAUCGAAAACGCACUCGUAUUCAACAACACCACCGCCAAACUCUUCAUUCGUUCAGACUACGGCAGGAAACUGAAGAAGCGGAGAAGACCCUGCACCAUGGAUAAAGGCCAUAGCUACGUCAGGUGCAUGGAGAACUGCUUCUGGGGAUGGGUCCAGUCCCGUCCACAACUGCCGUGUCUCGACCCCAUCCUGAUCACCAAGGAGGUCGACCUGACGAAGCCUGUAUGUUCAGAUCCAAAUAAUAGCAAGGUCAUGCUCGAGGAACUGGAGAAAGCCAGAAAAUAUUUCGUGGAUCCUGAAUCCGAGAUAGGAAAGAAUUGCAGUUGUCCAAAGAGGUGUCACAGGUCCAUCUAUUACAUCUUCCCCGAUCCAAACUCGAACGGUUUCAAGGGGUCUGAGUUUUCUCGUAAUACCGGAUCUGCCACUCUCUUCUUCAACUUUCCCUCGCGUCGGGUGUCUACCUUCGUGGAACAAGAAAAGACGACCAUCCUAGAGCUCCUCUCCGACAUCGGGGGAAUCGUUGGAAUAUGUCUCGGCGUUUCCAUCGUCACCAUCUUCGACUUGGUCGACGGGGCUUGUUCACGCAUCCGCUGCAAAUUGCUUUAUUGCAGAAAGAAGAUCAUCCAAGGCUCCAAUCACUAA